CUCUUAGUAUAACCUAGCGUAUAAAUUGUGCUUUAAGUCAAUAUUUGAAUGGAACUUGGUGUGUAUCUUGAAAUAAUCGAUUUACGGAUUUUUUACCCAAUAUCCGUACUUAUAAAUGAAAUAUUGACAGUUUCGCAGUAUAAAACCAUUCGACGGAGUGGUAAAAACAUAUUUGAGGAUUAGUUAUUAAGAGACGACGUUAUGAUAGCGAUUGUAAUAAUGUUUUUAACAUUGAAGUGUCAACGUUAAUAGGAAGACAAAGUAUUUGAGAUUGAGACGGAUUAAACUUGCAUGAAAUAUUUUAGAAAGUUAAAUACGGAACUUCAGAAAUUCAGUUUUUACAUUGUCCGACCUUGACGUAGACAUCUUUUGAGAUUGUUUUGAAGUUUUGAUAAUAAUUUUGUCUGAUAACCUCGUUUGUGCAUUGUCGUUGAAAGUUUAAACGCGAAGAAGGAAGUGUUUUUAAUGGUGAAAAUCAGUUUUAUCCAGUACCUCCGACCGAAUCCUGACGUCAUCGUUCCCAUGGUUAAAUGUCUCUCAAUGAGCAGGGAGGACCUUCACCAGGACUCCUGCACCCUAUUGGCCCUUUUGCGCCGGGACGAAGAUAGCCUGAACGAUGCCGGUAAACAGUUGGUAAAACAAAACCGCGAAUACGCGCGUGACGUCUUCACGCACCAAGUUGACGGCUGGGCUCCUUUUCACGCGUUUGUGUUACGUGGAGCGCGCAGAAUGGUGAAAUUGUGCUUAAAAUGUGGAGUCAAUCCAAAUUUGUCGUUGGGUGCCAUUGAUGGUCUCCCAAGUGGAUGCACUGCGCUACAUUUGGCGGCCCACAGGGGUGACGUCAGUAUUAUAAAUGUUUUAAUCGCUAAUGGUGCCGAGUUAGACGUCAAAGAUGACAUUAACAGAACUCCGGUGCUCUACGCUUCAUUAGCGAAUAAUACUCUUGCGGUGAAAACAUUAAAGCGCGCAGGCGCGGACAUGACAGGAUGUGAUACAAAUAAAACGUCAGAGGACAUGACGUCAUCUCCAAUAAUGUGCCUACUUCCGUUUGUGUGUUCCGGGGUUAGACGGUAGCACAUGAUCGUAUAUUUAUUAUUUCACCGUUUCGUUUGAACUCCCAUUUUUAUCAUUUAAGGUGUAAACGGGUACCCCCAUGUACCCAUCAGGGGUUUUAUAUUAUGAGAUAAGGGGUGGUAUUCAAUAUAAGUCUUACUUGGAUCUAAGAACGAUGUAGCUAAUCGGAUUACGUGCUAUAACUAGCGAACCAAUACAGUGAGACGAAUCAAUGAUGUAUGACCGUUAGAUCUACUUAAGUUGCAUAUUGAAUGCCAAUCCAGAGCAACUUUCAGCAUUAUUUGAGUUUAAUAGAACACAAGAGAACACAUCAGAAAAGUAUGCAUAAUUGUUUGGUUGUGGAAAAUGAGAUGUUUACUAUAUAUGUUUUAUUUAAGUGUGUGUGAGUGUGUUUUUGUAACUGGAAAACCUUUUUUAAGUUUUUUUCCAUCUUUUUCUUUAAACAGUUAGUAACUUACCUACUAUUUUGUUUCUUUAGGUGAUUGUUAUUCUACGAACAGGAAAUGUUUGUUAUUAAAAUACAUAAUAGAAUCAAAGUGCUUUAAGAAGAAGGCUGUGAUAUUUUACCUCGUAUGUGUAGUACUUGUUUGAAGCUUAAAGCCUUACAAUUACAAUUGUCUGUAUUUUGAAUGACAAUUUUUAGAGACCUUAUACUAUCGCAUUGACAAUUAUUGGCUUUUUAGAGGAAAUACUGUAAUUGCCGAUUUUUGAAAUAUCUGGUGUCUAGUCCCUUUAAGUCAUUUUCUAAAGUCCAGUAUCUCUCUGGUCAUAUAACAAAAUGACUUUUAGUACUAUACUUUAUUUUUAUUAAGUGUAUAUAAUAUACAUACCUAUGUGUAAAAACAUGUGUACUUUUCAUCAAAUUAUGAAUUAGCUUUGUAAACUUUAGGAUUGGCUUGAGCUAUUUUUAUAGAUACCAGCUCUGCUGGAGUCCGAGGGCAAAGCGAUUCCAUUGAUUUCUAAUAUUUACUUAAUACCUUUUUUGAACAUGUUUUCAUUUCAAACCCAUUUAGCUCAACGGUUUGUUAACGGAGCGAGCGCGUUUUAAGUAUAAAGAAUGUUAACGAGUUUAUCGUAAUAUCGAGACAAACAUGGCGGGUAUGGUUUUUGUGCCUUUUAAAAGACAACUAUUUGGGACCAUUUUUAUCAGCGAGCGUAUUGUACGAUCCAUUUUCGAACUUUUCAAUUUUCAUUGUGAUAAGAUACAUUUUGAAAGUAACAUAAUCUUAUAAUGUAACAACCGAUUGUAUUGAAUGUAUAAGGUGACCUUGUAAUUCGAUUUGAAACACACCCGUGAUGCUAAAAUGACAUUCAUAAUCGUACGAUAGUGAGCGUAAAAUGACAUACACGAUCGUACGAUAGCUGAGCGUAAAUUGACAUUCAUGAUCGUACGAUAGCUGAGCGUAAAAUGACAUGCAUGAUCGUACUCUAGCUGAGCGUAAAAUGACAUGCAUGAUCGUACGCUAGUUGAGCGUAAAUUGACAUUCAAUAUCGUACGCUACAUUAGCGUAAAAUGACAUGCAUGAUCGUACGCUAGCUGAGCGUAAAUUGACAUUCAAGAUCGUACGCUACAUGAGCGUAAAAUGACAUGCAUGAUCGUACUCUAGCUGAGCGUAAAAUGAAAUUCAUGGUCGUACGAUAGCUGAGCGUAAAAUGAAAUUCAUGGUCGCACGGUAGCUGGUCGUACGCUCUUUGAAAUAAUGGCCCCAAACAACUUCCAUUAGAGCCUCUUCAUAGACUACAGUUUGUUUGAAACACACACACCCAUUUUAACCAGGACAAUCAUUUUCUGCUUUACCAUUUAUUUUGCUUUAUAUUUAUGUUUUUUGUAAAAACUUUUUAUGCGACAAUUUGAGUCUCACGGGCUAUGUUAUGCAAUUUAAAUAUUUGUACCACUUCUGAUACUGCUUCUUUCUUUGUGUUUAUUCAUGAUCAUUAUAUUUAACGAUGUUAACAGCUACACGUAGAAUAGGCGUAACCAUUGUAUUACUACUGUAAGAUAUAAUGCUAUUGAAAUAUUCCUCACGCUAUUUAUUGAACGACCUGAUUUUUUUUGUUACGUAUAAUGUUUAAAUCACGAAUGUUGCUCUGGUGAUUUACAAAUUCCACUCUCACGCUUAAGCGCUCGUGUUUAGUAACUAUUACUUAACAUGCUAAAUGAUCGUUACCUUUGUACGGACAUAUGUGACACAGUAUUUCAACAGAGAAAUUCAAUUCUAACAUACUGUUAUUAAGCCGUCUUUUUUCUACCUCUGUUGAUGUAAUAUGAAACUCUCCUUUUAUACUGUGUACCUGAUAUUGCUAUUUCUCCAUUAUUUCUAACGAUAUAUUUUUUCUCCUGGCCAAAGGUGUCUUGUUCUCCAAUAACUAAUUUGAUAUAAGAAACUGAUUCCAAAAUCAAUAUAUUCUUGUAUGAAAUAUACAUCUCUUCAUUUUUGCAUCACUUUCGCGCUGUUGUUUUUUUAUCAUAGAAAUGUCAUUUGGAAUGACAGCCAUUUUUUCAUCAACAUCUUUUAUUUCAUUGUUAUUUCUUUUUGUUACAUUUUGAAUGUUUACCUGACACAUGUUUUUUAUAGUUAAGUUUUAUUUCAAUUUAAACUUAAACUGUCAACGAUAAAAAUGUCUUUAAAUGAUGUCAUAUUAGCUUUGUUAAAAAACUCAGAAUAUCAGAUUGCAUGGAUGUUUUGAAAAAUGAACUGAAUUUUAACUGCUUUUUUGUAAAACGAUAGUAUCCAGGUCAAACGAAUUGAAUAUACUGUGCUAUUGAAAUGUUAUUGUUGACUCCGAAUAACACACAUUUGAUAAUAACAAAGCUUUCUUUUUGUUGACAGAAAGGACAGCAGAACCAUGAAUAAAGUUUAAAAUAUG